GCGGAUAUACAUAAAACUGCUUAUAUACGCUUUCCCACCGCCAUUAUAUUGGAUAGCUUUCGACCAGUCCACACGAAGUACUCUCUCCACAAAAAUCAAAAUGAGGACAAGCCUAGUUCUGUUACUGUUGGCGUGUGUGGUAGCCGUGGCGUACGGUGACCUGGUAUGUGGCAGCAGCUACUGCAGGCAGCACCCCUGCGCCUCCCCUGUGGCCGCCAGCAGCUGCCGCAACCCUUCGGUCUACCGCCCCAACCACGCCGGCAAGUGCGCCUGCUGCCCAGCCUGCGUCACCUUCCUAAGUGAAGGCGCUGCCUGCAAGACCUACAGCAAGGAGCUGGGAGAGACUCCUUCUGCCAUUUGUCGUGAGCCACUGAGAUGUGUCCGAGGAGUUUGUGUUAAAAUCACUCCAAGGCGUUAAGUUAUAGUUUAAUUUACAACCUUAAAAACAAGAAAAUACAGCUCAUAAAAUAGCUGAAAUUCGC